AUGCAUUUAUUCAAAAAGGAAAAAGUAUUUAAAUUUAAAAUUGAUAACGAAGAGCCAUUUACCAAGCCAUUUAAACAAUCCACAAAUCUUAAAGAUGUGCGUGAAGAGUUAGCAAAAGAUAAAAAUUACUUAAAGGCUGACAAACUUCAAUUUAUCGAUAAAGAUGGAACGUUGAUCACUUAUGAAUGUGAGAAAAGUUAUAAUUUAGAAGAAAUUUGUGAUGGGAACUCUAUAAUUCAUGUAAAAAAUUUUUUAAAGAACAUUGACGUUUAUAUUGAUGAUUCGGAAGUGUCCGACUUUUUAGACCCAAACGUUAAACUUGAAAAAAUUCGUGAUCAUUUUAAAAGAAUCAAAGAUGACAAAGGCGACUUCUUUUUUAGGAAGCCAGAUGGAAGCAUAGCUAAGCCUGAAGAAGAAAUAUCAAGGGAUUUAAAAAAGAUUCUGAAAAAUAAUGAUACACUGUAUAUUUCUACUCUACAAGAUUCUGAUAUCAUUAUUUGCAUCUACAGUGAUAAAACGUCUGUUUAUAAUCAUACCUUUAAGCGUACUCUGCAUAAAGGAAUGUACCUUUCUCAAAUUCGAUCGGAGCUUGCAAACAGCGAAGCCUCUGAGCGUAUGAGAUCAAGUUAUCAUUUUUCUGACCAAAAACACGUUCCUAUCUCAGAAUUCGAUGAAGAUAAGAAAAGACUGUAUGAAAUAUUACAUAUUAAUGAACAAGGUCCAAAUGUAUUGAAGAUUCUCAAAGAAGAUGGUCCCGAUUUGGCUAGAUUGGUUAAUAAAUGCGGAUAUGGUUUUAUUAUAGACAAAGAUUCGGCAACAGUAAAGCAAAUUAAACACCCUAAACCUCGUGCAUUUACUGUUAAAACAACACAGCCAUAUAUUGAUGAUGAUCAUACAGAAGGCAAAUUUGAAUGCAAGAGCGAAUUUCACGAAUUGUGUAAACGAAAUUUUAUCACAUUUGGAAAUGCUAAUUUUGUUCUGCCAUUGAUUUCAAUUUCCUUUGGAAUUGAUCAAAGAUCUUCACGUGAAAAGCUGAACUUUUAUGAAACAUAUACAAAAUAUUCAUAUCUUAAAAAAAGGCAUGCAACAAUGGAAAUAAACGAGAGUAAUAUUAUAUUAACUGAUGAGUUUAAACAUGAAGUUGAGGCUGCGUUAGAAGGAGGGACUCGAAAUAAGAUAGUGACAAAACUUAAAGAUAUUGCCAAUAAGUAUGGCCACUUCUAUGCACGAUCCAUCUCUUUUGGAGGAGUUUCUAUUGAAAAAAUUGCAAACGUUGAACAAACAAGUGGUCAUAAACACGCAGAAGAAACGAGAAUUCAAGCAUCAUCAAACCUGCUAAAUAAUGGAAUAAGUUUAGGUAUAACUGCAGGUAUAGCCUCGAAUACUGAAAAAUCAAAAGGAAACGCUAGAUCUACUCAUAAAAUAAAAGGCGGUGACAUUUCACAGUUCGUCGUUGAUAACCCUGCUUGUUGGAUUAAUUCACUCAAAGACUCAGAUACUUGGGAUAUUAUUGAAUAUCGUGAUAUCUAUUCGAUUUUUGAUCUAUUAAAGGAUGGUUUACGGAAUAAAGUUCUAAAAACUUUGGGGAAAAGGAUUUUAAAAGUUGGGAUUGAAAAAAUUAAAUAUCCAACAGACAAAAAUAAACCCUAUGGCAUUUAUAUAGGAAGAAAAUUAGAUGACAUUUCAAAUAUUGAAAAUUGCGAAAUAUUUACUACAGUCAUGAAAGAGCGCAAUCGACAUAUAUUUUCAUCAUACGUGGCUUAUGAUGCGCCAGAUGCACCAGUAAUCUUUAUUCAACGUAUCCCAAGUCAAAAAAAACCUAAAAAGAAAUAUAGGGCUAUCGAAAUCGGUUGGAUUGUUGUAGGAUAUCCAGAUGAUACUUUUGAUCUUGACAUAUCAAAUCAAGUUAUGAGUGGAAAAUAUGGCAAUUCUUCAGACGUAAUGGUAGCAAAUCCAUAUACUAUAAGUAAUAUUCCACAUCAAAUAGAUUGGCCAAAUGAAGAAAAAUUUGUUACUAUUUAUGUGGGAAAUUGCUUUGAAAGCAAUAUGUAUGAGAAAGAAGUUAGAUGGAAUUACAUGAAUAGAAAAGAUAAAAUUUUCUGCUCAAUAUUAGAGGGAAUCAAUACCGACGAAAAUAAGAAGCUUAUAUUUGCAAACCAACUUUUUGAAAAUCCUGAAUGUAGCCACCAUGGAGUUAUAAAUAUUGCACUUGGAUCUCCUGAUUACCUUCUACGCGGGCCAUUAACUAAGCCAGCUUUUAAAAAAAGUAAAUUAGAUAUUUUAUACUUAAAUUAUCCACAAGAAAAGGACCAUAUGUAUCUGGUAAGAUUAAGUUAUGUGAAAUAA